AUGACUACUUUUAUGGCGAAGGAAAUGAUAGAGAUUGGUUACUAUUUUUGCACCCGCCAAGACUUUAUCAACGCGAUGUUAGUGUCAAAAAAGUUCCGCCACUUUGUGAGGGCGUACACAUUCAACCCGAUACCAGACACAAGUCUAUUUCCUCACAUGAAAAUACAACGAAUGUAUUCGAGAGUGGACAAACGUAUAGAAGGGAUGCCUUAUAUAUUGUGUUACCCCAUCACAGUCGAAGAAUAUGAGAAGGGCGAUACCCAUCCGACGUCCUUGAUAUUUGUUGCGAAGAACAGAAUUGCCAACAACAAGAAACGCGCCUCAUUUGGCGCUCGCUUGAAAAUCAUAUGGGAUAGAGCGUUUGAGAAGAUGGAUUUUAAAAGUAUUAAAAUUAAUCCAAAAGUCCAUUUAAUAGGGUUUGCUGCAUUUAGAGACUGUUCAAAGCUUCUUUACAUUGUCCUGUCCUCGUCACUUUUGCACAUCGCAGCAAAUGCGUUCGAGAGGUGCAAAUGUCUCAGAGCAGUUGACUUUCCAUCGAGUAUCCGGUAUAUAGGAGAUAGUGCCUUUAGAGGAUGCGAAGGCCUGAAGACCGUCAAAUUCAAAAGUGAUACUCUGUGCGAGUUUGGGAAGUGGGUCUUUUGUGGAUGUUUCUCUAUUACAAAUGUCGAGUGUCCCGACGAGAUGCGAAAGAUGAUAAACCCAUAUGAUGGUAUUCUGAUUGAUGUAGAGCUUGCAGUGUAA